ACAUAGAAACUGGCCAUUGCUCGGGCGGCUGCAGGGCCUGGUCAGUGAGGUUAAGACGUGCGCACGAGGGUCUGCGAUCUUGGGUUUGAGGCCAUCGCCCGAGGGAUCCUACCUCCACCGAAUUGAGGCCAUCUUCGGUAUUACGGAUUGAGGCUAUCUCCGUCAUAGGCAAUAAAUGUUAAGUGGUUUGACUUUGGUGAAAUGUGGUAGGCAUCACCCGGGCGAGUGUUGGCUCGCCCAAGGCUUAUGUUUGGGUUGUGGUCAGCCAGGGCAUUUCAGGAGGCAUUGCCCGACAAACCCUAGCAGCGAGCCUGUUUUACCUAGAGCUCCGGAUCAGCCUGCCGCAUCACAUCCAGCACGGAGUCAGCAGUCUACGGCCGCAAAUAAUCAGCAGAGAGCACGUCCGCAGCAGUCAGGCCGGGCACCAGCGCGUACCUACGCCAUGCAUGGGCGCACAGAUCCUAGUCCCGAUGUUAUCUUGGGUACGUUCAUACUAUUUGAUUCGGUUAUGCAUGCCUUGAUCGAUCCGGGUUCUACGCUCUCCUAUAUCUGUGUUGACAUGCCUGCUAAUUCUGCGAUUGUGAGGAGUGACCUUGAGAUACCUACCAUUGUAUCGAAUCCGCUAGGACAUAGCAUGCGUCUUCAUCACGUUUAUCAUAGAUGUCCGUUGUCCGUGCAAGGGAAGCAAUUCCCUGCAGAUUUGAUAGAGCUACCACACAAGGAGUUUGACAUUAUCCUUGGUAUGGAUUGGCUCACCGAGCAUAGAGCAGUGGUCGACUGCAGUUGUCGGACCGUACGGCUGAGAGCCGAGGAUGGUAGCGACGUAUCACUCUCCGGGGAGGUGUUCCCCAAGGCUCCAGAGUUCAUAUCGUCCUUGAGCACGAGGCGCUUGAUUCGCAAGAAGUGCGAGAUGUUCCUGUGUCACGUUCAGGAUAUGCGAAAAGAAUUGCCACGUCAGCAGGACAUUCGUACGGUUUGCGACUUCCCCGAUGUCUUUCCCGAAGACCUACCUAGUUUGCCUCCGCCGAGAGAGCUUCAGUCUCCAUUAGAGCAGGAGAUCCGUACAGCACAGAGAGAUGAUGAGUUUUGUCAGAAGACUCGAGAGUUAGUUCCUGCAGGAAAGAGGCCCGAAUUUGCAAUUCGCGAUGACGGAGUAUUGUACUAUCGUGAACGCCUAGUGGUGCCCCGCGGUGAAGAAGGAAAGGACGAGUCUAGGCAUCGCGUCCUCGUCCUCGUCGUCCUCGACGUCCAUGGGAUCGUCGUCGACUGCGUCCUCAAAGUCGGCCUCGUCGGGAGAGGAGGACGGAGUGUAGGAGUCGUCGUCCUCAUCCUCGCCCUCAAAGUUUUUGCCGAGGAUGGUGCUGUCGAAAGGUGGUGGGACGUAGUUGAUGCAGUAGAAGAACGCCGUCAUGUCGUGGGUGUCGGCUAUGGACUGCAAAGAGGCCCGGGCUGGAGCGGGGGCACGGGCACGACUCGGUCCGGCGUCGUCCCAGUUUCCGGACUUCUUCCGGAAGGUGCUAUCUUGGAUGAUCCAAAUAUUCGUCAUCUUCGUAUCUGGUCCGACGAUAUGGAUGUCAGAGGCAACAAUGAGAUCCAUAACAAGGAAGGCGUAUGGCAAGCUCCGCUUGGUGGCGAUGGAGGCACAAUCCACCAUGUGGAUCAUGACGAAUUUCUCCCAAUUGAUGGAGGCGCCGUGGAUGAUGGCGUGGAUCGCCUUCAAAUCCUCGUUGAAGAGCGAGGUAUGGUUGCUGUCCCGGGGACAAAGAUUCCGGGUAAUGAUGUAGAGGAGGAGGCGCUUGUCCGGUGGAGCCGGUGGCGGAUGUUGCUUGGAAGUUCAGAUGGCAUUGUGUUUGAUGGAUCUCAACAUCCAAAAUGGACACUAAGACCUUGGAAGCAACAACUACUCUCCAAAAGGCAAAAACAAAAACAAAAAAAUGGGAGGAAAGGAGGAACUGGUGAAAGGCAAGAAAAAGACAAAAGGACAAGAGGAGGUUUUGGGAAAGAGAAAAGAUUGUAAAAAGGAAGAUAAAAUAAGGGUUUUGAAAAAGAGUUUAAAGAAAGAAAAAAAUGAUGACUAGGGAAGAAAAGGUUUUGAAAAAU